AUGCUGCCACAGCCCCCGACACAGCCGCAGCGCUGCGCCGACAUCCGACUGCCCGACAGCCGCCAACUCCCGACACAGCCUCUGCCGCUGCACAGACAUGGCCGACGCGCUGCCCACAGACCGCCGCUGCCGACAACAGCCGCCGCCACACAUCCGGCGCACAUGCGCUCCGAAACCGACAUCGCUGCUGCCGACACACAAACAGCCGACAACAGCCGCUGUCACAGCUGGCGCACAGCCGCACACCGCCGGCCGGCCGCUGCGCUGCCACAGCCGACGCAACAGCCGCCCAAGCCGCCGCGCCAGACAUCGCUGCCGAACACAACAGCCGACAAUGCCGAGACACAGCCGCUGCAGCCGCUGCCACAGCCGACACAACCCAUCGCUGCCGACACAGCGCCAGCCGCUGCCGCGCCGCUUCGCUGCCACAGCCGCUGCAGCUCGCUGCCGACACAGCCGACAGCUGCCACACAGCCGCACAGCCGAGACAGCCGCUGUCACAAGCACAUACGACACAGCCGAACAUCGCUGCUGACACAGACCACAGCCGACAUCGCCACAGCCGCUGUCACAGCCACAGCCGACAUCGCUGCCGACACAGCUACACAGCCGCUGCCGACAACAGCCGCCAUGCCACAGCUGCCGACACAGCCGCUCCGCCGCGCAACAGCCGACAUCGCUGCUGCACAAUUGCCCGACACAGCCGCCUGUUGUUGGAGAAGAAAUAAUACGGAAGCUUCUCUACAACAAUUACAAGAAUAUCAUAACCAAGAAGAAAUUAUGGAGACCGAAGAAAAUACAGCAACACAAGAACGCGUUAACGAAAACACUAAUACUACUAGAUAUAAUAACACCUCAGACGAUACUGGAAUUUGCAAAGAUGUUAACAGAUACAGUAACAUCGAAUAA